GUGCAGCCAGCCGCCGGCUCCCGGAAACCGCGGCGCAAGAAGCAUCCCGGUGGGCAGGCAGCAUGGGGAAGGGGGGGAACCAGGGCGAGGGGGCCACCGAGCGAGAGGCGCCGAUGCCCACCUUCAGCUGGGAGGAGAUUCAGAAGCACAACCAGCGCACCGACAAGUGGCUCGUGGUCGACCGCAAGGUCUACAACGUCACCAAAUGGUCCACGCGGCACCCGGGGGGCCACCGGGUCAUCGCGCACUACGCGGGAGAAGAUGCUACGGAUGCCUUCAAUGCCUUCCACCCUGACCUUGACUUUGUCCGCAAGUUCCUGAAGCCCCUACUGAUUGGCGAGUUGGCCCCAGAGGAGCCCAGCCUGGAUCGUGGCAAGAGCGCUCAGAUCACCGAGGACUUCCGGAACCUGAGGAAGACUGCUGAGGACAUGAACCUGUUCAAGACCAACCACCUGUUCUUCUUCCUGCUCCUGGCCCACAUCAUCGCCAUGGAGAGCAUCGCCUGGUUCACUGUCUUUUACUUCGGCAAUGGCUGGAUUUCUACCCUCGUCACAGCCUUUGUCCUUGCUACCUCUCAGGCCCAAGCUGGAUGGCUGCAACAUGAUUAUGGCCACCUUUCUGUCUACAAGAAGUCCAAGUGGAACCACAUCGUCCACAAGUUCGUCAUCGGCCACUUAAAGGGAGCCUCUGCCAAGUGGUGGAACCAUCGCCACUUCCAGCACCACGCCAAGCCCAACAUCUUCCACAAGGACCCAGACGUGAAGAUGCUUCAUGUGUUUGUCCUCGGCGAAUGGCAGGCCCUUGAGUACGGCAAGAAGAAGCUGAAGUACCUUCCCUACAACCACCAGCACCAGUACUUCUUCCUGAUUGGGCCGCCGCUGCUCAUCCCCCUGUAUUUCCAGUAUCAGAUCAUCAUGACCAUGAUCGUUCACAAACACUGGGUGGACUUGGCCUGGGCCAUCAGCUACUAUGCCCGCUUCUUCUGCACCUACAUCCCCUUCUACGGCAUCCUGGGGUCCCUCCUUUUCCUCAACUUCAUCAGGUUCCUGGAGAGCCACUGGUUUGUGUGGGUCACACAGAUGAAUCAUAUUGUCAUGGAGAUCGACCUGGACCACUACCGCGACUGGUUCAGCAGCCAGCUGGCAGCCACCUGCAACGUGGAGCAGUCCUUCUUCAAUGACUGGUUCAGCGGGCACCUCAACUUCCAGAUCGAGCACCACCUCUUCCCCACCAUGCCCCGGCACAACUUGCACAAGAUCGCCCCGCUGGUGAAGUCUCUGUGCGCCAAGCACGGCAUCGAGUACCAGGAGAAGCCUCUGAUGAGGGCCCUGAUGGACAUCAUCAGUUCCCUGAAGAAGUCUGGGGAGCUGUGGCUGGACGCCUACCUCCACAAGUGAAGUGGCCGCCCUCAGCCCCGCGCCCACCUCUCUCAGAUGUUGGUCCUAGUUGAGCGUCCCGAGAUUCAGCGUCAGAUUCUCCCCCCAGAGGGCCCCAUGGGGAAGGGGCGCAGGUGGGGGUGAUGGCCAAAGGGAGGGGCGGGCUUUUGUUCUGAGGGUUUUCCAUGAGGCUGGGGUACACACUGGCUUAUGGACCCCAUGUUUGGUUUUCUUUCUCUUCUUUCCCUUCACCCCACCAACCCCUCUGGGGCCUGCCCUCUCCCAGCCCUAACCCUCACCCACCACCUCCUGGCUCCUUCUCCCCAGGAGCAGAGAGAGGUGGCCAUGGGAAGUGGCUCUGUCCCUGCCUCCAGCCUUUGCCCCAAAAGAUCUGAGGAGACCAGAGGUCCAUGGGGUCUGGCCUGGGACUCCUCCGCUUCUACCUGGCCACCAGGCUGACAAACCCUAGUCCCUCGGAUACUCUUGGGGUCUGUGGGCAGGGUCCUGGCCUGGCUCUGCCCUCCUGUUUGGAGGGAGGUGUGCUUUGUGCUCUGGGUCUCCUUCCCACGGCUGGGGUCUGUACCUGGGGCCUCCCUCCAGCUGUCCAGGGCUCCAGGCCUGCAGCAUGGCCAGCUCAGACCUCGAGGCCCAGGGGAUGUCCACCGCCUACCACUGGAGCUCUGGGCCCCCAGGCUGGUGCAGCUUCUGUUCCUCCGUCUUCCUAACUCCAGAGCCCACGACCUUGGGAGCAGAGGGGCGUCCCUUGUGUGGGCUCGGCCAGGUUGUGGGAGGGGCUGGCCAGCCUGGAGGCUCAGCCCUGCGCCCACCUCUUUCAGAUAUUUGUCCUAGUUGAGUGUCCCGAGAUUUAGCCGUCAGAUUCUUCCCCCAAAGGCUCCGGUCAGUCCUUGGCUACUUGGCCCAAGGACUUGGGCCUUGCAGGAGGGCACUAGAGCUUGCCACAGGCCCUCCCCAGAAUGGGUGUCAGGGGGACAGCACUGAGCCUCGCUCUCCUGUCUUACUGCUUUUAAUCUUUGCCAUUUUAACUUGUUCCACGGUAUGCAUUCUGGUGGAGGGCAAUGGGCUGGGUCUUGGGACAAUAUGCCUUUUAUGAGAUGCCCCCAUGGGCUCCCCCAGGCCCAGGGUGUGGAGACCACUACUGGCAGGAGGGCAGGGAAGCAAGGAGGGAGGGGAGUCUCAGGAGGCCACCCUGAGGCGCCAGGGGAGUGGGGGGCCCAGUGAGGGCCAAGUGGGUGUCGGGAAGAGGAGGAGGCCAGCCGGAGGCCAGGACAUGUGAAGGCUUUGGGAGAGUGUGCGGGAGGGGGAAGGCUGCGGCCCAGCGGCCUAGUUCUACUGUCUAAUCCACUAACCAACAUUUAGAUUGACAGUUCAGUGGGGCUGAGACCCCAAGGUAACCGCGGCAGCAUUGACCCCUCCCACCACCUAGCUCCUAUGUGCUCUCUCCGGAGGCAGAAUGAAUCCUAGGGAACUGAUCUUCAUUUUUAUCAUGUUGCUUCCCCACCCCUACGUUUUUGGGAAAUAAAAGCAGUAAUUUUA